GAGCUGCAAAAACCAGUGAAGCGAAGCUAUCCCGUUAGAAGUGUUGUGGAAUGUGAACACAACUGACCUGACAUCCACAAUGUCUGCACCGGCAGAAGAAACGGAGAAGCCUGCAUCUCCCAAAAGGAAGACUGCACUUGACGAUACAUUACUUCUGAAUGUUGUAACGGAGUACUUCAAGCUAGCCGGUGUCGUUUUAGUGGUAUGGUUUGUUGGCUAUUUCGCUUUCUCCCCAAGUUGGCUUCUUCUGGGUCUGGUGGUGUAUGUGUGGAAAGAGAAGCACACGCGUGAACAGAAACUGAAAAUCGAGAUCAACCAACGUACUGCCAGAGAUGAAAAGACAGAGAUCCUAGCCAGAGUAGAGGAUCUUCCAUCAUGGGUAUGUUUCCCGGAUGUAGAGAGAGCAGAAUGGUUGAACAAGAUGAUCGACCAGUUAUGGCCCUACAUCGGGGAUUAUGUCGACAAACUUCUGAGGGAGUCCAUUGAGCCAAAAAUUCGUGAGAGUCUUCCAGCGUCCCUCUCGUCUUUCAAGUUCAGCAAGAUUGACAUAGGAGACAUUCCACCCAGGAUUGGUGGAGUGAAGGUGUACACACAAAAUGUGCGGAGAGAUGAGAUCUACAUGGAUUUGGAGAUUGUGUACAGCAGUGACUCCAACGUGGCUGUUCAGGUGAAGGGAAUCAAUGCCGGCAUCAAAGACUUACAGCUUCAUGGCAUCAUGCGGGUCGUCUUCAAGCCCCUCAUCAGCAAAAUGCCGUUGCUUGGGGGGAUAUCUGUCUUCUUCCUCAACAACCCUACUGUUGACUUCAACUUGACCAGCCUGGCCAAUGCAUUUGAUCUUCCUGGUCUGAAUGACAUGCUGCACACGAUUGUGAUCGAGCAGAUCGCCAACAUCAUGGUGCUGCCCAACCGCAUCCCGAUCUCCAUGACGGAAGGUCUAAACCUCAACAAGCUCCGCUACCCACAACCACAGGGUGUGUUACGGAUCCAUCUGUUGGAGGCCAAGGAACUGGUCAGGGCAGAUAUUGGGAUGAUGAAGAAGGGCAAGUCUGACCCCUAUGCCAUUGCUGUUGUUGGAGCCCAAACCUUCAAGACCAAAGCCAUCAAUAACACCAUCUGUCCUCAGUGGAACAUGACGUAUGAGGCUAUUGUGGAUGUUGCGGAGGGACAGUGCCUGCAGGUGGACGUCUUGGACGAUGACCCAGGGAGUAAGGAUGACCCACUGGGAAAUGCUUCUGUUGACAUAUCUCAUGUGUUUGAGAGGGGCAUGGUGGAUGAGUGGCUGCAGUUGGAGAAUGUGAAGACCGGGUUCGUCCACGUCCGCUUGCAGUGGCUGUAUCUGGCCAACGACCCUCUGGAGUUGGACAGGGUGGUCCAACAGGUGCAGGAGGAGAGCAAAGACGAUGACAGCGUGUCAUCCUGUAUUCUGUUGGUCAACCUUGACUCCGCCCGGGACCUUCCACGAGGGAAGAAGACCUUAUCUGAACCAUCCCCCCAAGUGAACCUGUACGUGGGUCAGAGUAAGCACAAGAGUGGGAUCAAGGCCAACACCAAUGAGCCACGCUGGGAGGAGAACUUCCGCUUCCUCAUCCACAACCCCCACUACCAGAACCUGGAUGUUGAGGUGCGGGACAGCAAGAGUGACAAGGUGAUCGGCGUGACCAUCAAGCUGAAGGAACUGCUGUCAGCUACAGACAUGGUACUGGACCAGAAGUUUGCCCUCAAACAGAAUGGGCCUGCCGGAAUGUUGAACAUGAGGCUAGCUCUCAGGGUGCUGACUCCAAACUACAAUGCUGACUGGCUGGAUGAAAGUGAACCCCUUAUCACUGAACCACCCCCCAAGAAGGAGGGAGAAGCCAAGGAGGGGGCUGGGGACGCAGGAGGGUCACCUGCAGAGAAGAAGCCCGAGGGGACGUCUGUUGACAAGCCAUCACAACCGUCUCAGCCUGCUCCUGCUGCGGAUGAAGUGAUUCCACCUGCGUCCAGUUCCGUGGAUGCCGAAAGUAGUCUCCGGCAGAGAAAGGCACCAGCCAUGCAGCAGAAAGUUGUGGAUGCAAGGGGCGAGUAUAAAAAUGGACGUAUCCAGAUGACGUUCCGUUACAGCCCCCAGAGACAAACUCUCAUCAUCGUCGUGCACAAAUGCGUAAACCUGCGACCUUUCGACAGCAACAACCUGUCUGACCCCUAUGUGCGUAUGUACCUUUUGCCUGAGAAAUCCAGCUCCCGCGGAAAGACGCAGGUUAUCAAAGACAACCUGAACCCUGUAUUUGAUGAGACGUUUGAGUAUCCAAUUAGUCCGUCCGAGCUGCCAAAGAGGUCGCUGGAGGUCUGCGUGAAGAAUGAAGUUGGGGUGUUCUCCUCCAGCAAGAAGAUCAUGGGCGUCGUCAACCUUGACCUUAACAACCUGGAUACAUCCAAGGCAAUUACAGAGUGGUUUGACUUGCGCCCCGAGGACAACACAGAGAAGAUUUCCCUGGUGGAGUCUGACGUGUGACUUUGCAAUACAGUGAAGUAAGGUGCUGAGGUGACAUUUCUUUACUUGGUUCACAGAUCUGACUCACAAUCAGGAGUAAAUUCGAUUGAGAGAUCAAAAAGUCAUUCAAAA